CGCGCGGUGUACGUCGGGAACCUGCCGCUCGACGCGUCGUCGCGCGACGUCGACCGACGGUUCGCGGCGCACGGCGUCGUGGCGCGCGUCGAGGUCAAGCGACCGCGACAUCCGCCGGCGUUCGCGUUCGUGACGUUCGACGACGCGCGCGACGCCGAGCGCGCGGCGCGGGCGGAGGACGGGACGACGUUCGAUGGGAGACGCGGGCCGUACGAUCGACCGCGAUGGCGCGAUGGCGCGGACGCGCGAUCGAUGGUGCGGGAGCGCGCGGCGACGCGAAAGACGGAGCAUUCGGUGAAGGUGGAGGAUUUGCCGCGAGGCGCGGAUUGGCGAGACGUGAAGGACGCGUUUCGACGCGCGGGACGGGUGACGUACGCGAGCACGUUC